AUGGUCACCCUGUUGGGCUUCUUUUUCAUCGUGGGUCCAUCCUGGCUCUACUAUAACUUCGCUUUUGGCGUAUGGAUGUACUCCACAUUUGAUAACGUUGAUGGGAAACAAGCUAGGCGGACCGGAACCUCCAGUGGCCUGGGCGAGCUUUUUGAUCAUGGAAUUGAUUCUUUGAAUUGUACACUCGCAAGCUUGCUCGAGACAGCUGCCAUGGGACUAGGCGCCACCAAGCUGGGGGCCUUCACGGCUCUCAUCCCUUGCCUGCCCAUGUUCUUUUCCACAUGGGAGACAUACCACACCCACACGCUAUAUCUGGGGUAUUUCAAUGGUCCCACGGAAGGUCUUCUCAUUGCCAUUGCGGUGAUGAUUGCAUCCGGAUACUAUGGGCCUCAUAUCUGGAAAAACCGCGUUGCGGAUUACUUGGGCCAUCCGGAGCUUUUUGGGGACCGUAUCUUCCUCGAUUUUUGGGUCGCCAUGGUUCUUUUCUCGUUUCUGACUGCACAUCUGCCGGCGUGUGUCUAUAAUGUCGUAGUCGCUCGGAAGCGACAGAACCUCCCCAUUUUGCCCGUGUUCUUGGAGUGGACGCCUAUUGUCGUCUUCACGGUCUCGGUGCUCGCGUGGCUUUUCUCCCCGUAUUCCACGCUCCUGAGCGAGAACAGGCUUGUUCUGUUUUGCGUGACGAUGUCCUUUGUCUUUGGCCGUAUGACAACUAAGAUCAUUUUGGCCCAUUUGCUCAAGCAGCCAUUCCCAUACUGGACGGUCCUGCUCACUCCGCUGGUUGGCGGAGCCAUUCUCGGGAAUCUGCCGCGCUUCGGACUACCUAUGGUCAGUGCCACCGUGGAGCUGUGGUACCUACGUGGCUAUCUUGUGUUUGCCUUUGUCGCGUACAUGCACUGGGCCCUGCUUGUCAUCAACCGGAUCACGACCUACUUGGGAAUCAACUGCCUGACCAUCAAAGAAGACAAGGCAACGGCAAGGGAAAAGGCCUACCGCAACUUUGGAAACGGGCCCUCUAUCCGGGUGGACGGUAUUUCUGGCAAAGGAGGUUUCAAGCACCACUAG